AUUUUUUUAAUUUAGCAUUGAGUCUAUUAUCUACGAAAAUCAACUUGUCAUUGAAAGAGUCCUUGACUUUUAAGUGAGAAGACCAUAGACGCAAGGUUUAUCAGUGCCUCCUGUCUUCUCCUUAAACCGACCCGGCCAAUCUGAUUCCAGAUUGGGUAAUUUCAUGAAGAUUCUAUAAAAAAUUCCCAGAUUAUCUGGGAUGUUCUGUUCCUUAACUUCUGAUGUGGUUUUGAAGAAUUAUGUUCUCAUUUCGCUUUACUGGGAUGGUCACAUUGUGCAAACUGCCCUUCCAGUCUAUAGACAGUCGAAGGACAAACAGCCACAAGUGACGCAGGUUUUGGUCACCCGCACCACAGACCUUGGAAGCGGUUCUCAAGCCCAGCUUCCGGUCGCACAUUCCCUUUCAGCCUUGGCAAAGCUUCUCUGGCUGUUCCUUGUGUACUCCUCCCUCCGCCAGGGCUGCUUGUUCGGUACUCUUCCCAUCAUGCCCCGCGCGGGCGGCGGCUGUUCCGCAGGCUGCCGCCCCUCCCCGCAGCCGCAGCACAGAGCCGCCGUGCCCCGCCCCCCGCGCUAGCUGCCGGCCCCCACAUCCGGGUACCGACGCCAGCCGCCCAGACUCUGGCACUAUGGUCAUGGCGGAGGGGACGGCAGUGCUGAGGCGGAACAGGCCAGGCACCAAGGCGCAGGAUUUCUAUAAUUGGCCUGAUGAAUCAUUUGAUGAAAUGGACAGUACACUUGCUGUUCAGCAGUAUAUUCAACAGAACAUAAGGGCAGACUGCUCCAAUAUUGACAAAAUUCUUGAACCACCUGAAGGUCAAGAUGAAGGUGUAUGGAAGUAUGAACAUUUAAGGCAAUUCUGCCUUGAACUAAAUGGACUUGCUGUCAAACUUCAGAGUGAGUGCCAUCCUGAUACUUGUACUCAGAUGACAGCAACUGAACAAUGGAUUUUUCUUUGUGCAGCUCAUAAAACUCCAAAAGAGUGUCCUGCCAUAGAUUAUACAAGACACACACUGGAUGGUGCUGCAUGUCUUCUGAAUAGCAAUAAAUAUUUUCCCAGCAGGGUUAGCAUAAAAGAAUCAUCUGUAGCAAAACUAGGAUCAGUGUGCCGUAGGAUUUACAGAAUAUUCUCACAUGCCUAUUUUCAUCACCGGCAGAUAUUUGAUGAAUAUGAAGUAAGUAUGUGUCUUAGCUUACUUUAUAUUGUUGUGAUAACGAUCAUGACCAAAAGUAACUCAGAGAGGAAACGGUUAUUGCUACUUUCAACUCUUAGGUUCGACUCCAUUACUGGGGAAACCAGGACAGGGACUUGAGGCAGAAACUGGAACAGAGGCCGUGGAGGAUUACUACUGCUUAUCUUGCUUCUCCCGGCUUGCCCAGCCUGCUUUCCUUUUGUUGUUUUGUUUUGUUUUGUUUUGUUUUGUUUUGUUUUGUUUUGUGACAGGUCUCAUAUAGCCUUGACCAACAUGGAACUUCAUUAUGUAGACCAGGUUGGCCUUGAAUUCUUAGAAAUUCCCCUGAUUGAGUCCCCUAAGUGCUGGGACUAAAGGCUCAGCCUGCCACCUUAUACAUCCCAAUAACAUCUGCCCAGGGAUGGCACUGUGCACAUCAGUCAGGGAUAAGGCCAGCACAGACCUUGCCCACAGGUCAAUCUUGUGGGGAAUUCUCUCAGUUGGGUUCCCUCUUCCAAGAUGAUUCUAGUCAACAGAAAACUAACCAAUUACUAAUAAUUACAAUUAUUGUAAUACAUUCUUGUCAGGGUGACAGUAAAGUAUUUUGAUAUUACUUCUAGCCUUUUGAUUUUGGGUAGUAAAUGACUUUUUUUCCCUUCCUUUCUACAGAAUGAAACAUUUUUAUGUCACCGGUUUACCAAAUUUGUGAUGAAAUAUAAUUUGAUGUCGAAGGAUAACCUGAUUGUACCAAUUUUAGAAGAGGAAGUUCAGAAUUCAGUUUCUGGGGAAAGUGAAGCAUGAAGGAAUCAUGUAGAACAAUGUACUGAUCACAUAAUUAACAAUUAUGUACUGUAUAUAUAUCAUUUUAGACACAUCAAUCAUGUAUCCAUAUUAUAGCUUAUUUGUUUAGUAUAGGUUUUUGUAUGCUAUGUGUUGCCUUUUUAAAUGGGAAAUACAUUUUAAGUUAUUCAUGAGCUGUAUAUUCACUGGUGUGGCACUCAUGGUUUUUAAAUAAGUUUAGUAUUAUCUGUUUAUAAUGCCUGUUAAUAAAAGAAUUUACAGUUUGGUAUAAUUGCUGCUAAACAAUCAUUGGAUCACAAUCCUCUCAAAUCUAUAAAGGAAUGAACUUGUGUCUCACACAAGUAUUUACAAUUACUAAAGAGAAUAUUUUGUUUUCACCCCUAAGAUUUAAUAUUUUAGGAAAUUCAGUAGUAUUCCAUCUGUACUGUUAAUUUUUCCAAAAUGAGAUAAAAGUGUUUAAGAGUUCUGUUUAUAGCUUUUGAUAUGCAUAACUGAUUAUGUGUGUGUUCAGAGAAAUUCGAGGAGGUGUUAGUAAUAAAUUAUCUCUCUCUUCUACAUAAAGUAUCCUUUAGGUCAGUGUACAUGGAAGCAUUACCUUUGCUAUGGCAGUGCAUUAUUAAAUACAUGGUGAGGAGGAGGAGGCACAUACAUGAUGUUCCCAUGGACACCCACCCGCCCCUUGUUUCCCUUAGUCCUCUGGGAAGUAUACUAGUCAUGAAAUUUACUUACCAAGCUAUGGUUAGUGGUGGCUUUUCCCUAUUUAUACUGUAUUAAUUGCUUACAGAGCAUACCUCAUACUAGCAGUGACGUUACACUACAGGGAAACUGGACUGCCUACCUUUGUUUUUUAAAAUGGUUGUAACUACUUAGAAAAUAGUCCUUAAUAUAGUUUGACUUUUCCUGUUAGUAAUAUUAAUCUUUUCACCUAGCCCUAGGCAGCAUUAAAUAGAUAUGAAAAAAAAGAUAGUGUAUUUAUUUUAUUCUCCCUCCUUAAAAGCUUAUUGUUCUAAUUAUAUGCACAUGUAAGACUAUUUACAAUAAUUCACAGGUUAAGUGCUGUUGAUAAGUGGUCAUACUUUGAUUUCUUAUUUCAGUGUCUUAAGAAUUUAAGUGCAGACUUAGAUAACAUGAUUGGUGGAGUUUCUCUUUAAACACUGAGGUCUCUAUGCCACACUGUAGCAAGGCACUGAGAUGAAACAGAGACCUGUGCAGUUGGGACAGUUGAAGCCAUCUUUUCCAAUUUAAUAAACACAAGAAACUUCUUUUUUAUUUAAGAGCUAUUUGCAAAUGAAAUUGAAAAAUGCAUUCAUCUUGUUUGUUUUUCUAAUUAUUUGAAGAAAUGAUUUGUAUUGUAUUAUAAGACAAGUAUACACAGAAAAAUUGGGAAGUGAGAGCAAACUGAGAGUGUGUGUAUAGUUGACGCCUGUCUGAACCUGUGCUGUGCCAGCGGUCACAGUCAUCACUGUACCUGAGCCCACAGUUAUCUUCUGAGAAGUUCAUGUAUGCAGUGAAUAGAACAUUGACUGAAAUUGGGUGUUUAUAUUACUGUCACCAUAAAUCAUUGGGGUUAGUAAUUUUAAUAAACUUGGUAGAUAUGAGAGACUAACCUAUACUAAGUUCAUAAAUUAUACAUAGCCUAGUAAUGUUGCUGUUCUCUAGUUGGAGUCCCCGGUGGAGUCCUGUUGUUUGACUUGCUCAGUGAGCAGUUAAGGCAGGUGGAGACCUGACUGAGUACUUGGAACACUUUGUGAAUAUAUGGCUUAGUGUUAACAGGAAAAUAAAGUGUGGUUUUCUUUUUAUACUUA